GACCUUCGCUCCGGGGAGGCCUUCGGAAACACCGGGACACCUGCGCGUCUCAGGUGCCGCGCGCAGCUCCGAAGAGGCUCCUGCAGGUUGCCGCGCGGGGCUGGGACCUGCCUGCGUUGGGCGCGGCUACCCCCGGCCCGGGUCCGAGCUGUCAACCUCACACGCCUCGCGCGGGCUCCAGGCAGGGAGACAGACAGAGAGCGAUCGUCCAACUGCUGGUUCACUCCCCAGAUGCCCACAACAGCCAGAGCUGGGCCAGGCUGAAGCCAAGAGCUCUGAACUUCAUCCAGGACUCCCACGGGGGUGGCAGAGUCCCAAGCACUUGUGCUACUUCCUAGGGCGUGGCCGUUGCGGGCGUCCAGAUGCCGUUUUGGGCGGCCAGUUGCCGGCUUUCUACCUGAAUCUGUCUCCUCCUUGCUCUGAUCUCCAUACACCCACGCCUCGGGGUAUGUAACAGCCAUGCCUGUGGACACGCUGACCCCUGGAGCCCCAGCCGCCCCAGCCCUGCCUUUCCGCCUGCGGACCAAGGUCCCCGGUUACCUGCUUCGGAGGCCAGCAGACGGUGGAGCCCGGAAACCCAGUGCCGUGGAGCGCCUGGAGGCCGACAAGGCUAAGUACGUGAAGAGCCUGCAUGUGGCCAACACCCGCCAAGAGCCCGUGCAGCCCCUGCUGUCCAAACAGCCCCUCUUCAGCCCCGGGACUCGCCGCACAGUGCUCACGCCCAGCCGCCGGGCCCUGCCUGGCCCUGGCCGCCGACCCCAGCUGGACCUGGACAUCCUUAGCAGCCUCAUCAACUUGUGUGAUAGUCCCGUGUCCCCUGUCGAGGCCAGCUGCGCCCCUGCACAGGUGGAAGGCGCCCGCCAGGCUCCCCCAGCCACGCCUCCACGCCUGCCCCCCACGACGGCGGUCCGCAGAGUGGACGUCCGCCCGCUGCCUGCAUCUCCGGCCCAGCCUUGCCCGUCGCCCAGCUCAGCCACCGCCUCCAGUCCAGCCCGGCCGCCGGGCCUGCAGCGCUCCAAGUCGGACUUGAGCGAGCGCUUCUCCAGGGCGGCCGCCGACCUCGAGCGCUUUUUUAACUUCUGUGGCCUGGACCCUGAGGAGGCACGGGGGUUGGGUGUGGCCCACCUGGCACGGGCGAGCUCGGACAUUGUGUCCCUGGCCGGGCCCAGUGCGGGGCCGGGCAGCUCCGAGGGCGGCUGCUCCCCGCGCAGCUCCGCCACGGUGGAGGAGCGUGCCCGGGAGCGCGUGCCCUACGGCGUGUCGGUGGUGGAGCGCAACGCCCGCGUCAUCAAGUGGCUCUAUGGCUUGCGGCAGGCCCGGGAGACCCCAGCAGCGGAGGGCUAGGCCUCUGCUGCGCUGGGAAUUCACCGCAGGACACGUCUUGGAGGGGCCCUUGGCCCUUGACCUCUUGCAUCCACUCCCUGGCUAUGGGAGACAGGACACCCGUCCUCCUGGGGGAACUUGGUUUGGAGGCCAAGGCUCAGAGGCUGGACCAGCAGCUUCUGGCUAGGACUGAGCCUGGAGAGGGUUGCUCUUGGCUUUGGGCCCCUCUCCCCCACGUUCAUGGCCUUUGACACCAAUGUAUCCUCUCUGGUGGGGCUGGAUUUGGGGUGCUCAGACCUCCCCACUGAGGGUUAGCGGCCCGGGGGUCUGGCUGAGCCUGUCUGCCCAGUGACCAUUUCCUCCUUCCUUCCUGGGCCUCUGACCCUUGCCGACUUCCUCUUCCUUACCCACAGGGCCCCCGCUCCCUGGCAACUCACCCUGGGGUGGGGGCAGGGACCCGGGGCCUGCCCACUGCUCUUCCUGGUCUUUGGCUGUCAGCCUAGGUGGAUAGACUACAAGAAGGACUGGUUAGAAGCCUGCACUGCUCUGACUUCCCUCCCCCUGGUUAAUAAACACA